AUGGCGGUCUUCUCGCAGGCGGCUCCGAAGGCUGCAGCCGCUGCGGUGGCGGCGUCCGUCAGCGGGUUCCCGUGGACGCUGCUCUUCGCGUUCGUGGCCGUGGGCGCGCUGGCGGCGGCAGCGGGCGCGGGCGUCUUCUUCUACUGCAAGCACUUCGUCCACGUGGCGUCGCCGAACGAGUGGCUGCUGGUCAUCCGCGACGGAGGCCAAGUGCGGGCCGGCGUCGGCAUGCGCUACGUGGCCGGCCUCACGGACAACGUCGUGAAGUUCUCGUCCAGCAUCCACAAGGUGUCCUUCCGCGCCCAGCAGGUCACGGCUGAGAUGCAGGGCAUCGAGGUGGCGGGCUUCGUGAUGUGGACGGUGUUUCGGGAAGGCGACGGGCCGUUUCGUGCGUACCGCUCCCUGGACGGAAUGAGCCCCGCGGGCCUCCGCACGGCCAACCAGAACCUCACCAACAUGGCGGAGAGCAUCAUUCGAGCCGAGGUCGCUUCCAAGACCAUCCGCGACGUCAUCGCCAAGCGCGAGCUCAUCCGGGACUCGUGCAGGAGCAAAAUGCUCGAGGUGGUGCGCGGCUGGGGGGUCUGGCUCGAAACCGUCGAGGUGACGGACGUGACGAUUCUGUCGCGGUCCCUGUUCGAGAACCUGCAGUCUGACUACCGGGAGCGCAUCCGCGAGGAGGCGGACAAGCGCCGGAUGGCCACGCAGGAGGAGAUCGACGGCGCGAGGAUCGCGUCGGACCUGCGCACCGCCAAGGCACGCGCCGACGCCACGCGCGCCCGGAAGGUGCACGAGGCGCAGCAGCGCCUCGAAGAGCAGCAGCAGAGGGAGGCGCUGAUGGAAGAGGAGCGCCGCAUCGCGAUGCAGGAGCUGGACAACGCACACGCGCUGAAGGUGCACGACAACGAGCUGAAGUACGCCGCGCGGAAGCUGGAGAUCGAGCGGGAGAUAGCGGUGCAGCGCAUGCAGCAGGACCAGGCGCUGGAGCACCUCAGGAAGAAGCUGGAGGUCGAGGGCAGCAUGACUGACGUCAACCUGAAGAAGAUGGCGAUGGACACGACGCAGGCGGUGUACGGGUGCGUGGGCGACCUGAGCGUCCGCGUCGUGCACCCGGGGCCGGGGACCGGCGCCGUGGGCCUCGAAGGGAUCCUGCCGGGCCUCAUGACGGUCUCAGAGGCCUUGAAGGCCACCAACUGA